GUCGACACCACCGUCGUACUACGGAGUAGUGCCAUGCGUCCAAGACCUUGGCAUGGGUCCCAUUAUCUUGAAAUUUCAAACCUGCUGGCAGGAUGAGAAUGCCUCUACGCGCUUGGCAUGGCUCGACCAUUCCCGUCUCGCAUGGCACAGGCCUGCCCCUUGGCGGUCGCAAAUCUACAAAAAGCUCGCGCUGAUGUCCUCGUUGAUUUCUGACUGACCUCUGUUGUCUUUGUUUUGCACUGAAUUACCGCAUGCGGUCGCCGUCACGAUGUCGCAGCGCAUGCAUCAAGGCUUCCUUGGGAAGAUUCUUAAUGGUCUGAAGAAGACCGUCGCUUGGAUCGCUCCUCCGCCGAAGAAGUCGGAAGAUGGUCGAGAUCAGUGGCCGUCGCGAGCGGCCUUUCUGCUCGCUGCCAUGGGCGGCUGCGCCGGCCAGGGAAACCUCCUGCGAUACCCCUCCGUCGUCUACAACAACUAUGGCCUGCAGUGGUUUAUUCCGUAUCUCCUCGCGGUCUUCGCCGUCGCUAUCCCGGCUCUGAUCCUCGAAAUCUCCAUCGGUCAGGCGUAUCGCGGCGGAACGGUGAUCGCCUUCAACAACAUCAACAAGCGACUGAAAGGCGUGGGAAUCGGGCCGGUCCUGGUCAGCUUUAUCGUGACGCAGUACUUCACGGUCAACCUGGCGUGGAUCAUGAACUACUUUCGCAAUUCCUUCACCAGUCCCCUGCCGUGGGAAAACCGCAUCGAGGAAUUCUACAUGGGCGAUGUCGUCGCCAAUCCCGAUCCCAUCGCCGGGAGCCUGACCGACGGGAAUAAAGAGGUGGCAGCUUAUACGAAAUACCCGUAUGUGAGUUUGCUGGGGGAGACGGUCGGAUGGAGCGCGUUCAUCUGGUUCUUGAUCUGGAUUUCCAUCUUCCGGGGCGUCGGCAUGACCGGUCGCGUUGUGUACUGGACCAUGGGUCUCCCGAUCGUGACCACGAUCAUCCUGGUGGGCCGUGCAUGCUCCCUCGAGAACGCCCGUGAGGGCGUGAAGCUGCUCUGGGCGACGUGGCGAGGGGGACAGCUUGCGUCCGGCACGGUCUGGCAGACUGCCGUGGGACAGGUCUUCUUCUCGACUGGCAUCGGCUUUGGUUAUUUCACCUCCUAUGCGUCGUACAACGCCAAGCAUUCGAAUGCUGUAAUGGAUGCAGUCCUGAUCUGCGGCAGUAACGUGCUGUUCGAGAACUUCGCUGCGUUUGCGGUCUUCGGCGUUGUUGGGUACCUCAGACGCUGGCCGCAGGACGGCGAGCGACUGGGCGCAUUUGUCGUCGGGUUCCUCACGCUGCCUGAAGCGGUCCUUCAUAUGCCCGGAGCGAACUGGUGGGCUAUUCUCCUGUUCUUCACGUUGGUGGUUCUCGGGUUCAGUUCUGCGUUCGUGAUGCUGGACGCCUGUGCCACGCUGGCCGUCGACGCCGGCGUCAAGCUUCCUCGGCCGGUCAUCGUCACUGCUCUCACCAUCAUCUCAUUCCUCAUGUGCCUGCCCUACUGCACGGAGUUUGGAUUUUACCUGCUGGACGGAAUCGACCGCUGGAUCAACAACAUCUGUUUGAUCUUCGUCGUCUGGUCGGAGCUCGUCAGCGCCACGACUGUCUACCGCUGGCAAGACGUGGUCAGCCAGACUGGACGUCCUGCCUUCCUCUUGUACAACUUUGGCUACUUUGGCGGGCAGAUCGUCGGAGUAGCUGUUGCGCACGGCGUCGAGAUGCCAGAGGCGGGUGCUGGUGCUGGAUUUGGCCUGUACAUCGUGUGCACCAUCGCGUCGGUCUUCCUGGCCUCAACCCCGAGCAUCAAGGCGGCCAGUUUCUGGGGUCGCAACCCUUUCCUCAGCCGGUUCUGGUAUCUGGCACUCUACUCUGGAAACCAACUCCGACGCGACCUGAACGCCGUCGUCGGCGGCAACGGCAACUGGAACAUUCCGCGCUUCUGGCCCGUCCUGCUGCGGUACGUCAGCGCGCCCAUCCUCGCCAUCAUCUUCAGCUUCGCGUACCCCGAGUUCCACACCCUGCGCUACGACCCCAUGAUGAUCGCCGGAUUCAUCCUGGCCCAUUUCUGCCUCCUCGCUAUCCUGCUGGGCUUGGUGCUGCCGCGCUACUACGACGUGUUUAUUCCGCAGGGCCGACGCGCCGAGGGCACCGAGGCUACCGUGGCGGGUCAGCCGAAGAACGAGGAUUUCGGGCCGCCGGUUACCGGGCCGUUUGAUUUUGAGGCUGGGCUGGAGCCGGAAAUGGGCAAGGGGGAGGGAGCGUACAGAAUUGAUGGGGGACAUGCUUUGGGAGUGCGGAAUUUGGAUUGAUGGGUUACUUACCUAUUUGUUUAUCACUGGUAAUAUGCUUAAUAGUGUCGUGGAAUAAUAUUGGUUUAUGUCUG